GCCGGCCAGACUCCCCGAGAUCAUGCUGGUGGGAACCCAGUCCUUCUCGCCCGGAGGGCCCAACGGCAUCAUUCGGAGCCAGUCGUUCGCGGGGUUCAGCGGCCUGCAGGAGCGGCGGUCCAGGUGUAACUCCUUCAUUGAAAAUGCUUCUGCUCUCAAGAAGCCUCAGGCCAAACUGAAGAAGAUGCAUAACUUAGGGCACAAGAACAGCAGCCCCCCCAAGGAGCCGCAGCCGGCCAGGGUGGAGGAGGUCUACCGGGCCCUGAAAGGCGGACUCGACGAGUACCUGGAGGUCCACCAGACGGAGCUGGACAAGCUGACGGCGCAGCUGAAGGACAUGAGGAGGAACUCCCGCCUGGGUGUGCUGUAUGACCUGGACAAGCAAAUUAAAACGAUUGAACGGUACAUGCGGCGCCUGGAGUUUCACAUCAGCAAGGUGGACGAGCUCUACGAAGCCUACUGCAUCCAGAGACGCCUCCAGGACGGCGCCAACAAGAUGAAGCAGGCCUUCGCCUCGUCCCCCAACAGCAAGGCCGCCCGGGAGAGCCUGGCCGAGGUGCACCGGAGCCACAAGGAGUACACGGAGAACAUGUGCACCAUCGAGGUGGAGCUGGAGAGCCUGCUGGGCGAGUUCUGCAUCCGGAUGAAAGGUCUGGCCGGCUUCGCGCGCCUCUGCCCCGGGGACCAGUACGAAAUUUUCAUGAAGUACGGCCGACAGCGGUGGAAGCUGAAAGGCAAAAUCGAGGUCAACGGCAGGCAGAGCUGGGACGGAGAGGAAACGGUGUUCCUGCCCCUGAUCGCUGGGCUCAUCUCCAUCAAGGUCACAGAGGUCAAAGGGCUGGCCACCCACCUCCUGGUGGGCAGCGUGACCUGCGAGACCAAAGAGCUGUUUGCAGCCCGGCCUCAGGUGCUGGCCGUGGACAUCAACGACCUUGGCACCAUCAAGCUGAACCUGGAGAUCGCGUGGUACCCCUUCGACGUGGAGGACAUGACCCCGUCCGCCGGCACCGGGAGCAAGGCGGCCGCCCUGCAGCGGAGGAUGUCCAUUUACAGCCAGGGCACCCCCGAGACGCCCACCUUCAAAGACCACGCCUUCUUCCGGUGGCUGCAGCCCUCCCCGGACAAGCCCCGGCGGCUGUCCGCCCUGAGUGCCUUGCAGGACACGCUCCUGGCCAAGCUGCACCGCAGCCGCUCUGUGUGCGACCUGCCCUCCCUCAGGCUGAGGCCCAAGGCCGUGCUCGAGUCCUAUUCGAACCUCCCGGACGACACCUUCGAGAGCGACAAGAGCUCCUCAGGAGGCGGCCCGGGGCCACGCCGACCCCGGAGAAGUACGCGGAGGGGCUCCCCAGAACCGAGGCCCGCCCGGCGCCCCCAGGCCUUCGGUGUUCGCCUGUUCCUGGAGAGGACCGUGCGCAGCGCUGCUGCGGAAGUCGGAGAAGCCUCGGAGCUGAAUAUGCUGCUGUUCGAGGAGCCGGUGAUCCGCGGUGAGGUGGACAGCGGUCGGCCCUUCCUGUCGGUAGCUUGGUGGUCGCGUUCACUGACUGUUCCUCGCGCUGUAGCCCAACAAAGAGAGUACCAGGAGUUCCAGCAGCUGAGCCAGGAGGUCAUGCACCUAGACAAUGUCCUCAAAUGUAAGCCGCCCGGAAGCCGCAGCACGCCCUCCAGCCUGAGCCUGACGGUGGAGAGCGCCCUGGAGAGCUUCGACUUCCUGAACACCUCUGACUUCGACGAGGAGGAGGACGUGGACGAGGGUGGCCCUGUGGGAGGUGCCGACUCGGUGUUUUCAGACACGGAGACUGAGAAGAACGGCUACAGGUCAGUUCACCCGGAGGCCAGGGCGCACCUCAGCGAGGCGCUGACGGAAGACACGGGCGUGGGCACCAGCGUGGCCGGCAGCCCCCUCCCGCUGACCACGGGGAGCGAGAGCCUGGACAUCGCCAUCGUCAGGCACCUCCAGCAGUGCACCCAGCUCGUGCAGCAAAUCGUCUUCUCCAGCAAAACCCCCUUCGUGGCGAGAAAUCUCCUGGGGAAGCUUUCCGGGCAAAUCCGCGUGAUGGAGAAGCUCGCCGCCCUCAGUGACGAGCACAUAGGGAACAUCGGUUCCGUCCUGGAAGCCAUCCCCGAGUUCCACCAGCAGCCGUCCCUGCUGUCCUUCUGGACCGAGUGCUGCGGCCCGGCGGGCGUGUACCACAGCUCGGCCGACCGGGUGGUCCAGCAGCUGGAGGCCAGCUUCGCUGGCGCCGUCAACGCAGACUACCCGGGCCUGGCAGACCCAGUGUUUCGGACGCUGGUGGCCCAGAUCCUGGACCGGCCAGAGCCACUGCUGCCCCCCAGCCUGGCCUCCGAGGUGGUCACCGUCUUCCAGUUUCACGGCUACUUCUCCGGCCCCGGGGUUGGCGGCCUGGAGGGCCACGUGCGCCAGCUGGCGGGACAAGUCUCCAUGGUGCGGAGCCUGCAGUCGCUGCGGGACGAGAAGCUGCGCCAGGCGGUCAGCGGCCUGGCCCCCAGCAGCCUCCCGGCCCAGCAGGAGGUGCUCCGAACCCUGGCUCUGCUCUUAACCGGGGCCGACCGCGGCGUCAGCCAGGCCGUGAGGCUGUACCUGGAGGCGGCCGCCGGGAACCAGCCUUUCAGGGAGAAGGCCCUGCUCUACUACUGUGAGGCCCUGACUGCCCGCGACCUGCAGCUGCAGAAGGCGGCGUGCCUGGCUCUGCAGAGCCUGCAGGCCACAGAGAGCAUCAAGAUGCUGGUGACCCUGUGCCAGUCGGACGCGGAGGAGCUCAGAAACGUGGCCUCCGAAACCCUCCUGUCCCUGGGGGAAGACGGGCGGCUGGCCUACGAGCAGCUGGACAAGUUCCCCCGGGACUGCGCCCACGUCGGAGGCCGUCACGGGACCGAGGUGGCCACGGCCUUUUAAUGACCCAACAGCUGUCGUCACAGAUGGCCCCGGGGUCCCGGAGGCGCCGCGAUGUCGCCGGGAACCUCCCGCGGUGUAGACAGAACUCGAUCGGGUCCCGGCGCCCGGCGCCCAGCGCGAGCUGUGCCCGCUACGAGAGGGCUGUGUGCAGUGUACGAGGUCAGUCCCAGCGCCGACCACGGGCAGCGCCGAGUCAACAGAGCCCGCCGUCUGACACGUGCGGGAUUUCCAAACAGCCAUCUUCGUACUUUCCCAGAAGUUCUAUGAGCUCGGGGCCGUCCUGUGAGACGCGGGUAAAUGUCGUGCAGCUUGCAGUCCCCUCCGUCCGUCCUAUUCUCGGGGUUGAGGGUCCCCACCCCCCACCCCCACCAGCCACCUAACUUUACCUUCAGUGAAAAGCACAAAAAGAACUGCUCCCAAUAAAAGUUUGCCUGGGAGUUUGCACUGUAAGAGCGCAAUGUUGUUACACGUCACGUGUCACUGCGCCGCCUGUUCCUCUUCCUCCUGAGAAUUCCCGAAGCGUGCUUCCACGGUGGCAAGAAGAUGGGGAGGUGACCAGGAGCAGACGGCCUUAGGAGAUCACCCCCCUACUCCUUAAACACAAAGGCACGCAUUGCGUCCGCUUUUAUUUGUGAACAAACAAGAGCCAUUUUUUUUAUGAUCUUUUUCUAUAGAGGUACUUGGCCGCUAAGACCAAUCCAAACCCAAAGCCAUGGCUUCAGAAAAGCUGGGCGCUCCCUGAGGCACGAGCGCGCACAGGUUGGAGGGACAUUGAAAAGGGGUCCUUGCUUCCGUGACAACCCCAGGAGGUCAGGAUGAAGGCUGCCCCCUGGGGUGGUGACUGCCCCCUGCUGGGACCCCUUGGCCAAAUAGAACAGCAGCCGCCCUCACCGCUCCCACCAGGGCAGCAAACCCAGUCGCUAAAGUCCACGCCCGCUCAGGAGCUCCUGGUACAUAACGGGGCUCCCUCCUAGGCGUAUACGGGGCGGGAUAUGCCAAGUUAUCUAAUAGGUGUGAGUGUCGCUUGAACUGUACUCCAGAUGUGUUUGUAUAAAAUGCCAGUGAGGUGUCAUUUUAAAUAUCUACACGUCAGCAGACCUUUACAGCAGCUCUUAGUUCAACUUAAACGGUGUCUGCCGGGUUUCCCGGCAAAGAGUCCUUGGGACUGUGAAGUUACAGUGUGUAUAUAUAUAUCUAUUUGUAUAUUUAUAAAUAUUAUAUAUAUGCCUAUGUCCUUCCUUUGAAAAGUUCCUUGUACAGUCUAUAGUUAGGAUAGCCUGCGUAAGCUGCAGUCCCUGUGAAAUGGUGGAGAGGAUUUUUUUUUUUAUAGAAAACUCAAAUCCCAAAUGUUACCAAGUGUUUUGUUGGUUGUGGUGUGUGUUUUUUAAAAGAAUUUUGAAUAUUGCAUGAGCAACGGACUCCAGGUCUUUUGUAUUCACAUCUGCAUUUUGUUCUGGUUGAGGGGGUGCGUUGUUUUGUGGCAUUUGUAUCCGUCACUGUUCCCAUCCUGGACGUUCAAAUAAAAGUUAUUUUUGAAUCUCUGGUCUCA